AUGAGACUUCGAAGUAAUCGAAAUACCGAGGAACCGUAUGUGGUUUCGGGGCAGUAUCUUCGCAGCUCUGUACAACCGCGAAGAGCUGAAAGAAAAAGAGCGAAAAGGAUGGCACCUGUCAAUCGUGAUGAAAAGUCAGCAAAAAGAAAAGUGCGGGAUUUGAGUGCACCGACAACUUCCGGCUGUAGCUCAACGGCUCUUCAUCAUCAGCAACAGCAACAGUCAUUGCACCCUCCUGUCAACAGCGAUAACAGCGCACAAUUGGUUAAGCGUAAAAUCAAUAAAUCGAGUCGGGGGAAAGCUGACAAGAUACAAGAGGGCAGUGUUCAGGAAGAUAUCAGUUCCAUUCCAGACCAUAUUCUGAUCUCAAUUUUCACGCUGUUACCAAUUGUGGAUCGCAUAAGAAUAGAACGGGUUUGCCGCCGAUGGCGUCAUAUUGCCAAGAAUUAUUCAUGGACAAUGACAACCGAAUUCUCCUACUCAUCACUUAUUGGUGAUAAGGAAUGUUCACUGCCCUGCUUGAUUGAGCGUCCAGUAGUUGGCAACAAGGAAAUAAAGUCUUUGGCACAGCGUUGCGGUGAUCACUUGCUUGAAAUGGAUUUACAUGCAUUCAGAGAUACGUUAACGUAUAAUGUUUGCAUGUGCUUCGCCGUACAUUGUCCAAAUUUGACUGUUCUGAAUAUGUAUGGUAUUCAGUUGACCAAUUCGUCCCUCAAAUCACUGGGAAGACACUGUCCAAAUCUGGAAAUUGUUAAUUUCCAUCGAUGUUUUCAGGAAAGCGUUGUGGAACGAGGACUUACAUCGUUUUUCUCUAAGUGUCAAAAUUUGAGAGAGGUCGAUGUAGGUGAAAAUGAGCGCCUCACUGGACUGCCAUCGUUUACCGUUUUGCCACGAUCCAUCAUCAAUUUGAAAAUUGGUGGAUGUUUUCGAUUGACAGCAGCAUCACUAUUCGCCAUAAGAGAUAGAUGUCCGGAUCUAGUAGCUCUGACGAUGAAUAGUGUUGAUAACAUAUCGCCUACUCAUUUGAAUAGCUUUUUUGCUUCACUUCCCAAGUUGGAGUUGCUAAAAUUCGGUGAAUGUUAUGUUUCGCAUACUCUUGGAGGAAUUGAGAUAAAUUUCAGUCUGAUGAAGAACCUGACUGAAUUAACUGUUUAUGACAACUUGCUAAUGACAGACGAGGUUUUACGGAAUACAGUAAUUGGAUGCAAACAAUUGAAGUAUGUUGACUUGAGUGGCUGUAGUCGUUUUGUGAGCAAUGUUGGGCUACGUGAACUUGCAAAACUUCCGUACCUGAGUCACUUAAAUUUAUCUUAUAUGAGAGUUGUUGAUGACCAGACGAUCCGAAUAAUCGCAGAAAAGAGCACUUUGCAAACUGUUCUCCUGCAUCGAUGUGACGAGAUAUCCGAUGAAGCAGUCAAAAUGCUGUUGAAACACUGUCCGUUCUUAACUGCGCUUGAUAUUUCAUUCUGUCCAAAAGUUACUGAUGAAUCAAUGGAAGGGAUGAUCAGCUAUGUAUCAAAACGACAAGAAAGAGAGGCACUGUUGCCAACGUCAAGCAGAGGACAAACAACACCGUUGACGGAAGUGGUGACGAAGAUGAGACGGCAUGAACGAAGUUUACAGGCUUUGAUGGAUGCCGAUUUUGAACGUCAUCUGAUGCGCUUCGAGAACUUUCGCUAUCGUUUCGGGAAUACAUCGGAUUAUUCAACUAAUCCGUUAUAUGAUAUCCGUCAUAUGGGACGUUAUAAACCAAAUCCAGAUGGCUUCACUGAACUGCAUGUCUGGACUGCCCAUAGCAGCAUAACUCGACCAUAUCCAAGGACACAUCCAUUACUGAAAGUAGAUGAUCACGACUCGAUUGCAGAGCAAAGCUCAUCCAUUUUUGAAUUCAGUGUUGUGAUUAGAAUAAAUUAG